UCAGUGAGGGCUCGAUUUGGCUAUAUCAGUUCGGAAUGCCUGCACUAACCUAACAAAUGCGAGUUCGGUUUUUUGCAUUUCUUCUUGAAUUUAAAUGACAAAAUGGUGUUUUAUUUUGAAAGCAGCGUAGUUUCACCUCCUGUGCUCCUGUUUAUGGGGCUAGACAAAUAUGAAAACGAAGAUUUGAUUAAAUGGGGCUGGCCUGAGGACGUGUGGUUCCACGUUGAUAAAGUAUCUUCAGCACACGUCUAUCUAAGACUACGACCCGGUCAGACCAUUGACGAUAUUCCGUCUUCGGUUUUGGAAGACGCUGCUCAGUUAGUGAAAGCCAACAGCAUAAUGGGGAACAAAAUGAACGAUAUUGAAGUUGUUUACACCAUGUGGCACAAUUUGAAGAAGACGCCUGCCAUGGAAGUGGGUCAAGUUGGCUUCCACAAAGAGAAAGAAGUGAGGAAAAUUAAAGUCGCAAAACGAGUCAAUGAAAUUGUAAAUAGACUGAACCGAACGAAACGAGAGGAACAUCCAGAUUUUAGAGCCGAGCGGGAGAAGAGAGACAGAUUAGAAAGGGAGGACAAAAAGAAGGUGUUGAGGGAGCAAAAAGAGCGGGAAAAAGAGGAAGAGAAACGGAAAAAGGAGGAGGCAGAGUUAAAAAGUUACAACUCUCUGAUGAGCACUGAAAACAUGUCCAAGUAUGACGACGGGAACGAUUCAGACGACUUCAUGUAAACCGGUAACACUCCUUAAUGUAAAUAAGAUACUUCCGUUCUUUUUUUCUAUUUAUUGUAUAAAAUAAAUUAAUACUUAUA